CUCUUGUUUUAAUGAAUGGAUUCUGUUUGUAUUUUUCUAGGUUAUAUAACUAAAGUAGCUAUUGUAAUCAAUUCCUUAAGCAGACUGUUGCUAUGGAAAUCCUCGUCAACAGUGUGCACAUUACUCAAUCAGCUGUAUUCCAAUCCUCCUGACUCACAGACAGGUUAUCAAGUUGUUCAGGUUGUUGGUUUGGUGCACACAGAUCUUCAUGAUGAUCAGACUUUGAAUGCCGUCAAUUUCCUAGCUUCAUCACUGCUUUGGAUGACACAAGACCUUGAGCAAAAAAAUUCUGAUCCAUCAGUUAGUUGGUGUAGAAUUCUCCACAAAAGAAAAACAGGAAAAGUGAUCAGAAAGGUUGAAAGCUUCACCCUUGGCGAUAACUAUGAACUGACAGAACAUGAAGAAAAGGAUUGGAAUGCUUCCUCUUCUACGGCCCACAGUGAACCACUGGCUGUUCAAGAGGUUGAUCCAACUCAAAACCUCACAUUCAACCUCAAACUGACAGAAAAUGAACGUCAAGCUCGGGCCAACCUGAAACUUCCAUACAUGUACCAUGAAGAGAAGAAAAGCGAGGUGGCAGUAAACUCAGUAGGAGAGGGGAGAGUCUUUUACCAACCUGAUGAAGCAGACGACUUUGAUGAAGACGAUCCCGAUGAUGAUUUAAAUAUCUAAACAUUAAUUUUAUUGAGAAACUGAAAGGUGUUUGUAUUGAAGGAAGAGAUUAUAAAUAUAUAUUAAGCAUUAAAUACAAUUGUGUACUGUAAGUGACUUAACCUCUCAUUCUCCCCACAUCAUGUUUGAAUUUCGUGUAUUGUAUGUUUAGAAAUCGUAGUUUCCAUACAAACCAUAUGACCAUACAUUACAAGCAUAUGAAAUUAAGCACCACAAUGAAGAAUUCUUUAGUGCUUACAGUAUAUACAUUGCACCACUGGUAACAAUUAAUUUUAUACCCUGUGAGCAGUUAGUUUCUCCUAUGCCGAACCAACUGCUCGCAGGGUAUAAAUUUUACCUCUAAACUUAUAUUUUUGGAACUGUGUUUAACUUUAUCCUUUUUUUCUUGGCUUCAAAAGAUUUCAUUAGGAAGAGGACAACAUUUGGCACUUCUGGGGGUAGCAUUUCAUGUUUCAUUCUUUGUCUAGUUUGAUGAUUGAAAAAAGUGCUUCUCUUCCUUCACUACCCUUUCUUUUAUAGUACAUAGCACUUCAUGUUUAACUUAUUGGUUGAAAACAAGGGCAAACCAGGAUAUUGUCAGCUAUAAGAUGCAUAAUACAUGCUGCUGUUAUUUAUAUUCAAGUCCAAGCUUGUACCAGGAGAUCUUUUAAAAAACACAUUUUUAAUUAUAUUUGACAUUAGAAAGUAUGUGGAUGUUGAUGAAAGAAGUAGAACAGUAAGGAUGGGUUCCAAUUAGUGCGAUACUGUCUGUUCACGAUGCAAAGAAAGUCCUGUCAGAUGACCUGCAGCUAGUGGAUUCUGUCUGUGAUCUGUGUAAAACGCAGACUGUGGACUGCACACCAGGGUUAAAAUGCAGACAGCAGACUGGGGCUAGAAUGCAGACUUGUUAACUGAUCAUGCUACCAUUUCGUUCAUUGAAGUCUAACUGAAAACAGGCUAACUGACGCUUCAUUCAGGCUAACCCUAGUGAUAUUCAGAUUAACCAGUGUGAUAUUCAGGCUAACCGAAGUGCAGACUUUCCCAGGCUCAAAUUAGUUUCAAUAACCCUAUAAAUAAGGUUAGCCCUUGAUAAUGGCAAUAAUGCGAUUACUCAAUAAGUCUGCAGGCUGCAUUUUACCCUCAGUUUACAUUUUACCAAGGUCUGCAGUCCAUAGCCUGCAUUUUAAACUGACCGUCCUGUCUGUCACUUGCUCAAUAAGCUAGUGAACUUUCUUGAGGAAAUUUUUGAGGAAAUCAAACUACAGAAGUAAGUUAGUGAGAAUGAGUUUUAGGCCAACAUAUCAUAGCUAGAGCUUGCCCAAAGGGCAAGCCUCAAAGGUAAAACCAUGUAUGCAUGGCAAUUUUUGUUUCCCAAGGAAGGCUGGAAGAUGUCAUGUUUUCCGGAAUUAUCCAUACCCACCCCAAGAAAGGUAAGGGAGCAGUAUAGAUACUUUCUCAAGGCUAGGAAACAACUUCAAUUACAGCUUGUCCUAUGGAAAAGCAGUUCUCAAAUUUUGCUUGUCCAGGGCAAAUCUUUAUUUGCCUUUUUACUUGGACUUCUGUAGGAAAGCCCAAGUAAAAAGGCAAAUUUCCAUAGGAAAGUUUAUCCAUAGGAAAGCCCAAGUCAUAAAA